UCCGCAUUGUCAGAGAGAGAGAGAAGCGCCACUUCCUGCUGUGUGAGCAGAGAGUGCAAAGACAGAGCAAGGCUGUUGUUGCCGGAGCUCUUUUCCGAUCAUCGUCGCCGUCCUCCUCCCACCUUUUCCUCUUCACCAUCCUUGCUGAUUGUAUUUGCAUAAAAGGGCCGGCCAUCUCGUCCAUUUCAGCAGACCGAGGUGCUUUUUUCUUUUGCGGUCCUUUGGAGGUUGCCCAUGUCUCAAAGAGCCAUGAAGGACAAGAAGGAGAGGCCGUUGGGUCUGGUGGAUAUCAUCCUGAGCUGGUCCCUAGUGGAUAUCGUCAACGAUGACCUUUACCAAGAUAAGAUGUUACCCAUUCCACAGAGGUUCGGUUCUACAGAGCAGUACUUCUCGUCAUUCAUGGUUCCUCUUUUAGAGGAAGCUCGCGCGGAGCUGAAAUCUUGCCUCGAGAGCGUAUCAAAGGAUCCGCACAAGCACACUUUUCGCAUAGGGAAUUCAAAUGGUUCAAAUUGGACGUUCAACGAGCGAACUAGUUCUUGGGAGAUCAAGACUGCAGCGGAAAGCUUAAAAGAUGGCAACAUAUUAAGAAAAGCUGAUUUGGUCAUCUUGUGUAGUCUGUCAUCUCGUCCUAUCGGUGAGCUUUACUGCCAUCACUUUAGCUCACUGUGCGUUUUAGCUGCCGUCGCAUCCGCAUCCAUUGCACAACCUACCAAGAACAUGUCCAAGACUACGUUGACAGCGAGACGAUUUCCUUCUGUUGGAGCAGAGGAUGGAUACUUUGCUGUUGUUGUGACAAAUCUGACUGCCCAGCAGCGAGUAUGGGAUGCUCUGGUGCGGGGAUUAAAGAAGAACACUGCUGCUGAACCUAAUUUAAUUGCGCAGGCAUUGUGUUUGGGCAACAUGGAAAACUCUUCCUGCGUUUCCUGUAGUUCCGAACCAGAAACUGCAACUGGUCGGAAGUUGCCGGCGGGAUUGGACUCAUUUGGAUUGAACAACUCCCAGAUGAGUGCAGUGCGCAGUGCAGUUUCUUCGAUUCGUUGUGAUCACUCGUGCUCGAUAGAGUUAAUCUGGGGGCCGCCUGGGACAGGUAAGACUAAGACCUUGUGUUCCAUUCUAUGGGCGGCUUUAUUAGCUAAGUGCAAGACUGUUAUCUGUGCCCCAACCAACAUUGCCAUUCAUGAAGUCGUCACUCGAACCAUUCAACUGGUUAAGAACUCGAGGAAGGAAAGCAAAGGGCUGCAUGGUUCCUUCACUUUGGGAGAUAUGGUGUUGCUAGGUAACAGGGAUCGACUUAAUGUGGAUGAUGACCUUACUGAGGUGUUUCUUGAUGAAUGGACUUCUAAUGAGAGGACCCAUAAGUUGCUUGCUUGUCUUGGCACAAAAGGUGUGAGGAAGAAGGUGGCUACCUUCAUGCAUUUUCUUGAAAGCUAUCCCCUACAGUACAACUCACUCCUAAAGAAGAGCUCUGAAAAAAAUGUAUCCGAUUUUUCAAGUUUUUUCCAUAAAAAUUUCAGUGAGCACGUUAGGCCGUUGAAAGAAUGUCUAGGAGUAUUGCAGGUUCAUCUGCCAUCAACCUUCAUGGUGGAAAAGGAGACACAGAAAACAAAUAAGCUCCUUAACCUGAUGACAGAAAUCUUGAAGUUGACCAAGAAGCAGAAGCUUGAUGGUGCAAAGUUGGUGAAAGAUUUUCAAGUCAAGAAAGGUGCAGGAAAAGAUAGCCCAGAAGGAAAAUUCUUGGCAAAAACUUUGGAAUGCGUCGAUAUUUUACGUGAAAUACGAGAUACUCUUUGUAGGAGACUGCCACGUUUAAAUAACCGGCGCAAGAUCAAACGAUUUUGUUUAGAUCAUGCUUCUUUAGUCUUCUGCACUGCAUCCGUUUCUUCCAAACUGCACUCAUUCAAGGUCUCAAAACAUCCAAGACUCCUGAUCAUUGAUGAAGCAUCACAAUUGAAAGAAGCAGAGUCCUUGAUUCCGCUGCAGCUUAACGGACUGCGUCAUGCUAUUUUAAUUGGUGAUGAACGUCAACUUCCUGCCAUGGUUAUGAGCAAGGCUUCUACGAACGUUGGCUACGGAAGGAGCUUAUUUGAAAGGUUGCGUUCCCUCGAUCAUACGACACAUCUUCUUAACCAGCAGUAUCGAAUGCACCCUUCCAUCAGCCACUUCCCCAAUGUUAAUUUCUAUGACAGUUUGAUUCAAGAUGGUCCUAACGUAACAUCUUCAUCAUAUACAAAGAACCUGCUUCGGGGGAGGAUGUAUGGCACUUACGCGUUUAUAAAUGUAGCUGAUGGAACGGAAGUACUUGGUGAUGGGCGAAGUUGGGAAAACCCCAUGGAGGCUUCUGUUGUAUUACAUAUAGUUGAUAAACUUUUCAAAGCUUUCCUUGCUUCUGGCAGUAACCUGAGCCUUAGUGUUGGCAUCAUAUCUCCAUAUGCAGCCCAAGUUGGGUCUAUCAACUCAAAACUGUUGCGAAGAUACAAGUCCCAGAGCAAGUUUAUUGUGAGAGCCAAGUCAAUAGAUGGAUUCGAAGGAUGUGAAGAGGAUGUUAUUAUUAUCUCUACUGUCCGUGGUAAUAGCAGAGGUUCUAUUGGGUUCCUUGCUGACCAUAACAGGACAAAUGUUGCUUUGACAAGAGCAAGAUUCUGCCUUUGGAUUAUUGGGAACGGGCCUACAUUAAUGAAAAGUGACUCAGUUUGGACUAGUCUUGUUUACGACGCAAAGGUCCGUGGCUGCUUUUUUGAUGUUUCUCAUGACAAAGAGUUGGUCAAGGCAGUCAACUGUGGCAGGAAUAAAGCUAAUGAACUGUUGGAUUCUUUGCUCCCAGGCAGCAGGAGCAUAUCGAAGGCCAAGGCUAAGAAAGAUGAUCUUGAGAGGUCAUCAAAUUCAGACCUCUUAGAUCAGAAGGACGUCAAUGGGGAUACAAAAGCAUCAACCACAAAGACCAAGAAAUCUCGGAGAAGAAAAAAUAAAUCAAGCGUUAAUUCUCUGCAAUCGACAAGUAAAUCGUGUGUUACGAAUGGCAUAAAUACUUCCGACUCCUUCAGACAAUGUAUAGGGGAUGAAGUACGCCUCUUAUGCCAAAAGUUACUACAGAAUUACUUGGGAGACGUUUCUACAACUUCCAAUACUUUCAUAACCCCAUUCAUUCUUGUCCUUUCCCAAUUGUACAACCUUUGGUUUACUCAGUUUUGCUGUCUGACAUCCAAAAUGCUGUUUCUGCAAUACAGGGUCCUGCUUUUGAUAUUGAUGAUAUGUCGGACUACUUCUCCAAGAUCUAUUUAGACGGCAAACCAUAAGUUGUUUUCUAGAAAUUUGUAGUCCAAAAGAAUAUGAUGCAACACCGUGGAAUAUAGCUUAUCCAAGGAUCGAUGCUAACUGUCAAUUUGAAGUAAGGAUUUUCCAAGUUACAUACACAGAACUGAGCUUCAUUGAAGUUUGAGAGUGUGAAAGUGAUUAUACUUGUGAGACAUUCUACGAGUUUUUUUUUCCAAUAUGAAAUGUGCAAUUAAAUUUUUAUAUGUUUUGCAUCUUGCAGCUUAUCCAAGGAUCGAUGCUAACUGUCUGAAGUAAGGAUUUUUUCCAAGUUACAUGCACAGAUCUGAGCUUGAUUGAAGUUUGAAAGUGUGAAAGUGAUUAUACUUGUGAGACAUUCUAUGAGAAGUUUUUCUUCCAAUAUGGAAAUGUGCAAUUAAAUUUUUAUAUGUAUUGCAUCUUGCACAUUGUACUUGCCGUCCUGUUCGAUUCCUACAUUAUGACAUGUACUCUGAACUACAUACGGGCGAAAGCUACAUAGGCUUGUAUUAAAAAUUGGAUAUCCUUUUUCUAUUGUCUUCCAAAUAA